GAUCCUCCCUUGAUCCUCCUUGUGUUCACAAACCAACAUACUCUCCCUUUUAUCUCUCUCUCUCUCUGCCUCUCCCCCACAACAACUACAAAGGAAGCUAGAAACCAAACACUCUCUUUUACUCUUAUUUAUUCCUACAUACACAAACCAAAAACCACCUUGCUCUCUAUUUUAUCAUAUGAUCAUAUCUAUAUCUUAAAAAACAUUGCUUUUCAAUUACUUAUUUUAUUAAUUAACAAUGGCUUCACCAUCUGAACUAGGCUUGGAUUGCAAGCCACAUAGCUACUCCAUGUUACUCAAAUCAGUUGGAGAACAAACUGAUCAAACCUACAAACUCGAAGAAUUUCUUUCUCGCUUAGAAGAAGAACGUCUCAAAAUCGACGCUUUCAAGCGCGAACUUCCACUUUGCAUGCAACUUCUCACAAACGCUAUGGAAGCAUCAAAGCAACAACUUCAAGCUUUCAAAGUGAAUCAAGGAAAUACAACAAAACCAAUUCUUGAAGAGUUCAUACCAGUGAAGCAAUUAAUAACUUCAUCGGAAAGUAUCGAAAAAACAACAAAUAACAAUGUAUGUGAUAAGGCGAAUUGGAUGACAAGUGCACAACUAUGGAGUCAAACAAGUGAAGGAACACAACAACAAAAUUCAACAAAAGAAAUUAUUCCUGAAAAUAAUAAUAUUGGAUUUAACAUUAGUCCUAAACAUAGAAAUGGUGGAGCUUUUUUACCAUUCUCAAAAGAAAGAAAUAAUAACUCUUCUUCUUGUGUUCCUGAACUUGCACUUGGUUCACCUCAGAAAGAGAUUGUUGUUGAUGAUAAGAAACAUCAUGUUGGAGAAGGAGAGAAGAGAGAAAACAAUGAAGAAAAAGAGAGUCCAAUAGGAUCAUCAAAUGGACAGACAACAAACAACAAUAGUACAAAUCAAACUCAUAGGAAAGCAAGAAGAUGUUGGUCACCUGAUUUGCAUAGAAGAUUUGUUAAUGCUCUUCAAAUGCUUGGUGGAUCUCAAGUGGCAACACCAAAACAGAUAAGGGAGUUGAUGAAGGUUGAUGGUUUGACCAAUGAUGAAGUUAAAAGCCAUCUGCAGAAAUAUAGGCUACACACAAGAAGACCAAGUCCAAGUUCCCAAACAGGUGCACCAGCAGCACAGUUAGUUGUUUUAGGAGGUAUAUGGGUCCCACCAGAAUAUGCAACUGCAUCACAUACAGGAGUAGGAACCCCUACUCUUUAUGGUGCACAUCCUACUUCUCAUCAUCUUACUUUGCCACACUAUUGUACUGCUCCUGGACAGGAGCAGUAUUAUACUACUGCGCCGCCGCAGCAUCAGCAGCUACUUCCGCCGCCUCACCAUAUGCAUCAUGUUUACAAGACUACGCCGCAUGGCCAGGGUUCACCGGAGACAGGUGGAGAUGGGUUGGAGAGUAUUGAGAACGGGAAGUCGGAGAGUAGUAGCUGGAAAGAUGGGAGUUCUGAGGAGAAUGAAGGGGAGAGGAAAGGGUUUGUUGAAGAGAGUAAUGGGAGUGAUAUCACUCUCAAAUUUUAAUUAGGUAUGAAUUUUUUCGAGUUCAGAGACGGAAUGACAAACAUCACCUGAAAAUUCACGUACAAGAAGAUUUCAAAUUUGAUCUCGAGUAAUUACAAAAAAUGUUUAGCCUAAUAAUCUUGACUAUGUUAGUCGGAAUAGGCUGUGACAAUUAGGUGUUAUUAUUAUGAAUAUUUAUUUUAAUUUUAAGAAAUUAGAAUGAGGGUUUUGUUUUCUAA